UUCAGUCAGAGAAAAAAAACAAAGACUUUCUGUCUUGCUCGAGUGAUACAUGCUGAUCUACUUGUAACGACCGUCACCGUACACGCCCAGUGUAGUCGAACAACGAAGUAAAUAAAAAACAUUAACUAUGAGAUUAUUCUGAUAGUUUAUUGAAGUUUUUGUUUAGUUUUAUCAUUUCAUUAACGAUAUAUCGCGGAGGAUGUCUGUGAGUGCUAGCGCUGAGAACCUUUCAACUGACGCGCAGAGUUGCGAUGGAGGCUCUAUGUGCUUGGAACUGGCGCUGGAGGGCGAGCGGCUGUGCAAGGCUGGCGACUGCCGCGCUGGCGUGGCCUUCUUCCAGGCCGCCAUCCAGGCCGGCACCGACGACCUACGGACCCUGAGCGCCAUAUACAGCCAACUUGGAAAUGCUUACUUCUAUCUUGGAGACUACAACAUGGCUAUGCAGUACCAUAAACAUGACUUAACAUUAGCUAGGACCAUGAAUGACAAAUUAGGAGAAGCAAAAGCAUCGGGAAAUUUAGGCAACACAUUAAAAGUUAUGGGCAAAUUUGCUGAAGCAAUCCAGUGUUGCAAGAGGCACCUCGAGAUAUCCCGUGCGCUUGGUGACAAGCUGAGCGAGGGCCGCGCUCUCUACAACCUGGGCAACGUCUACCACGCGCAGGGCAAGCAGCUCGGCCGCGUCGGACAGAACGACCCCGGCCACUUCCCCCAGGAAGUCCGGGAAUGUCUUAUGCAGGCUGUUACAUAUUACGAGGAAAACUUGGAGCUGAUGCGCAGUCUGGGCGACCGUGCGGCAAUGGGUCGCGCUUGUGGCAACCUGGGCAAUACGUGCUACCUGCUGGGUGACUUCGCGCGAGCCAUCCGCUAUCACACGGAGCGGCUGCAAAUCGCCCGCGAGUUUGGCGACAAAGCGGCCGAGAGGCGCGCCAACAGCAACCUCGGCAAUUCACACAUCUUUCUUGGACAGUUCGAAAACGCAGCUGAACAUUACAAACGCACGCUGUCCCUUGCGGAGGAGCUGGGCGAUGCGGCUGUGGAGGCCCAGGCUUGCUACUCGCUGGGCAACACGUACACGCUGCUGCGCGAGUACCGUGCGGCUGAAGACUACCACGCGAGGCACCUGGCCGCCGCCCGCGCGCUCCGCGACCGCGUCGGCGAAGCCCGCGCCUGCUGGUCGCUAGGCAACGCCCACGCAGCACUCGGCAACCAUGAGAAAGCACUCUACUUUGCUAACGAACAUUACAAUAUAUCUAAAGAACUCGGAGACGUGCUCGGGAUGGCGACCGCCCAGAUGAACAUCAGCGACCUGCGGAAAGUUCUGGGCAUGCCGGUCGAAGCGGACUCCCCGCCGGCACCCGCUUCGGACGACGACCACGCCCCCCGCACUCCCUUCAACGCGCUGCGGGUGAGGCGACAGAGCAUGGAGCAAUUGUCGCUUAUACAGAUUACCCCGGACGCGAAGAAACGGGAAGAGGAAGAAGCGGCUCAGAAGAAGCCUGAGGUGGUGCGUACCGAAUCUGAGGACAACCCUGAGUCGUUCUUUGACCUGGUGAUCCGGUGCCAGUCGGGGCGGAUGGACGAGCAGCGCGCCACACUCGCUGGUAACAAAGAGAACCGGCCCAAGCCGAAGCCCGCCGCGAGUAAGCUACAGCGCUCAGCCAGCAGCGGCAACGGCAAGCCUGCAGGGUCAAACGAGGCCAUGCUUGACAUGAUCACCGACAUGCAGUCGGAGCGCAUCGAUUCGCAGCGCGCCGAACUGCAGCCCGCCAAGAAGCCAGCCAAAGAGACCAAGGGCGCCUCGCUGCCCGGCCUGCGCCACCAGCAUACCACCAGCACCAAGCCCGAAGACGACUUCUUAGAGAUGAUUGCGCGCGUACAGGGUUCCCGGCUGGAAGAUCAACGUUCGGAAUUGCCACGUCCGAAACCAGACGAGGGCCCAAAAACUGUCCCCGAUGAUGACUUUUUCGCUCUGUUGAUGCGGGCCCAGGCCGGCCGCAUGGAGGAUCAACGGGCUACCAUCCCGUUGCAGGAUACUCGUGCCAACAAAGGUGCUUCUAACGCCAAGAAGUAAGCUCGCGUGUUUUUUCCGUGUUGUCUAGAUGUUUCCUUGGAUAUAGUUCCCCCGUCACCUGAAUGCCUCAUUCUGAUAUUUUAUUUUUCCUUCAAGAUAAGUUGUCACGCACAAUUUACGAUGUCUUUUAUUUUUACGUAAAGAUAAUUUAGGUAUGAUAAGUAUAUAUUUUCGGCCUAACAUAAUAGUGCUAACCCAUGAGUACACUAGCGUAAGAAAACCUCUGAGGGUGCGGUAACAUCGCAAGACGUGCACGGGCGAGCGUCGCGAGAGAGGCCGGCGUCAUCUCUCGACUCCGCCUUUUAGUUAGGACUGCAUAUCAUUCUUUUACGUAACAAAUAAUAAAUGAAAAUAAUAUUUACUUUUAGCUAUUUAAGACAUAGGUAUUAACGGUCUAAUGUGAAUUAUAUUUCAAAAAAAAGCCCACUAUUUGAAAUCAAUAUAAAACAUUAACAUUAUUUGUGAUGUUUUUUUUUAAUUGUAAAAUAUAUAUUAUAUAAAUAUUUUAAUUAUGUACUGGUCAAGAACACGCGGCGCCUGUCCGCAUUCCGCGAGUGGGCUUUAGACUGAGGCUAAUUUUUAUUCAUUUGUUCGUCGCUAAACAUUUUACUUUGCUACGAAAGUGCCUGACUUUCCAUUCCGUUGUUAUUUAUGUUGUCGAAUUGAAACAAGUAUCUGAUUCGAUCCAGAAUAUUAUAUCCCACCAUACCUAAGUUGUGCUUUGAAUGUUUUGUACUCAGCAUAAAUUUAGUUAAUCUCUUAGUGUAUAUUAUGUUGAUAUUGGUCUCCCUUCCCUAUUUAAGUGAUCUUUUGGUAGUUCAAGAUGUUUAAAGAUCCAUCACCUUUUACUAGUUAAUAAUUUUGUAUUAUUUAUUUUUCUAUACUGUGUACACUGAUUUUAAAUUAUAUAUUAUAGAAUAAUUCUUAUUAUUUACUUAACAAUAUUUCAAAGCAAUAUAUUGAAAAUUUUUUUAGGCUUUUACAUAUCCUAAUGAUGCAUUUCAUAAAUUUCCAUUUUAUAUACGAUUUUUUCUUUUUAAUCAAUUAGCUUAUGAGUUGGUUAUAUGUCAAUGUAUUUUAAACGACCAUUGCAAUAAGUAGGUACAAUCUUUACAUAGUGUGUUAAAAAAUGUACACUGUUCACUGAAUGUACGUUAAUAGUUGUCAUUCACAUCUGCGCUAUUUGUAAAGAUAAAAAUGUAUAAAAAGAUAAUUGAACUCAAUUUGACUGUAUUUAUUUGUGUAUUAUAGUAAAAUGUUGUUCAUUCCAAAUGCAUUGUUAUCAAAUGUUGUUUUGUUAUUUAAAUAAAGGCACAUCGAAGUAUUACCGUCUCAAUCCGUAUAUUUUGUAUCUUUAAAGGCUGAUCGGUGCAACACCCCUAUCCCAUGUGUCUAAGUGUCAAAUUAAAUGUAAUCAAAAUAAAUAAAACGUUCAAUUCAUAGCGUAUCAUGUCUGCCACGAUCACAUAUACAAUUGCGUUGUCUCAUGCUUAGGGACUACUAGACGAUCAAAUAAUUUCAAUGGUUAAAAUUUGUCGAAAAUGUUAAAUUAACCAAAAAGCUUUAACUACUUUAGUGUACAUUAGUGUGAAAACCGACUUCAGAUCGAUAUAGUCGACAUUAAAAUUUUAAUCCCCAUUUAAUUUGGUUUAUGAGGGACCAUCCGUGAAGUUUGUUCGCAUUGGGGGCGAAAAUUUCGAAUAGAAUGUAAAAAAAAAACGAGGCAUUACGAAUCUCUUUUUGUGAAGUCGAAAAACGUUAUAAACACCCAAAAAAGAUAAAAUUUUAUUCAAUGAACAAUGAAUUUGUAACCAAUAAAGGUUCUAAUUAUGAAUUAAAAAGAAUGUAAAACUACGUAUAAGUGAUUGUUAUAUGAAUUAGGCCAAUAAAUGCCAAAUUACGCAUUGAACUGAC